AUGGCAGCAAUACUAAUGGCGAUGAGGCGUCAUUUCAGUGUUACUAGCAGCAGGACGUUUGCGGGGAAGUGGAGGAGGAGGAGCGGCGGCGGGGUUGAGAAGGAGGAGGAAUCGAGGGCGGCGGCGGCGGCGGCUUGGUGGGUGCCGGAUCCUCGGACGGGGAUAUAUUUCCCUCGAGGGCAGGAGUGGGUGAUGGAGGGCGUGCCGGAGAACGCCGCCAGCCUGGGGCAGAGUUUUUGGCUGCGGAGCGUCGACGGAGUGGAAAAACCCGACCCGGAUCAUGCGGAACGCUAA